GUGUGGAAUGAGAGAAGAAGCAAAAAAAGCAGAAGAAAAAGCAAAAAGAAUGAACGCACAGACUGUGCGGGAGAAGAAAUUGCAUUGAUCUAGGAAAUAGCAGUAAGUUAUGCAUAUUAUAAAUCAGCAUGAAUGGAAAAGGCGGCAAAGUUCCGUUGUCAGUGGCGCGCCACUCGACAUACAACGCGAUAGCACUGGAGCAGAUCAAGAACGAGUUGAUGCCGUACGAAACUGGUCAAGCUUUGGGUGGUAGUCAGCAGCUCGUCGCACCGUUGAAGCGCAAACCGAGCAUCGAGAAGGAUGCACCGCAAUCGCCGCUGCACAUGCAGCGCACCAGCCCGGCCCUCGAUUCCGGUGCCGGCAGCUCGCGCUCCAAUAGUCCCCACUCGCAGCAACCGUUCUCGGCGGCGGCGCUGGUGGUCGGACGCAGCUCACAAUACUCGCCAUCGCCCUGUCCGACCAACUUUAGCGAUGCACCACCGAUACCGCCACCGCGCUGCUCCUCCACACCGUCCACUCCUCAGCCCCCGAACCCGAUGCAUCUGCUGAAGCGCAUGUCACCGGCCUCGGUUGCAUCCGGCCGGAAUGGGCAGUUUGGGGGGCCAGCCUCACAAUCACCUGCCCGCGGUUCGUCACCGAUUGCCAGUGGCGGAAACCAUCAGCUACGGCAACCGAUCAUCGUGCAGAAUGGGCCGCAAGUGCAGCAGCAGCUUAGUCAGCAGAUGGCAGUGUACACAGGGAACGAACCACCACCACCGUACCCACAGCAGAUAGGACCAUCGUCACCGCCCAACUACCUGACAUCGUUUCACAGCCGGCAAAGUCCAACGCAAUCCUCAUCGACGCAGUCGGACUUUCGCAAAAGUCCCAGUUCGGGCUUUUACUCGAACGCAUCGAUCGGUUCAUCGAGCCCGAUUACCGUUUCGCAGGGUAGUGGGGUUGGUGGUGGAAGCGGGAUGGGUGGUUCUAUACAGCGACCAAUACCGCUGCAACCGAAACCGUCCACCGUGCAUGCACCCGCUUCGAAAGCGGCCCAGCAUCCGAUCAUCAUGCAUUCGGUGAAAUCGACGCAAGUCCAGAAGCCAAUUCUACAAACGGCCGUCGCACCACCUGCACCGGCCGGUGGAGUUUCUGCCGGUGGUCCACCACCACCUUCGUACGCCGUUUCGGUACAGCACAAGUUGAAUAAGGCGGCAUCCGGGUAUGCUACACCGCCACCACCUUCUCCAUCGGCCCUAGCGCACGAUGGUAGUUCUAGCCGGCACCCUGCAAGUGGACCACCAGGAGGAGGACCUCCGGGAGCGCCCUGCGGUAGCAGUGUCGUUCCGAAGCAACCACUGCGAGCGAAACCUUCGCUGCCCGGGCUACAAACCGUGCUUCCUUCCAAUGUGCCAGGCGUGCAGCAGACUGCCGGUGGUGGUACUGUGAAUGGUCAUCAAUCGUCGUCACCCGCCCAACCCCAGAUGCUGUCGAAUAGUGGUAACAAUAGCGGUAGCAACAACGGAUCUCCCAACGAUCCACCGUCGUAUGAUUCGACCAUGAUACUGCUGCAAAAACAUUCAUCGCCGAAGAAAGAACCACCGCCGGCAUAUCUGCUGGAUGGUGGUGGUGGGACACCACCUCCAUUACCACCCUCAUCUCAUUCGUCCGCGAUGGAAAUGGAGCAGCAACAGCAGCAGCAUCGAAACAAUGGCGGUAAUGGAAGUAAUAAUCAUCACCAGUCAGCACAUCAGCAGCAGCAGCAGCAGCAGCAGCACCAUCUGCAGCACCAUAUUCACCAUCAGCAGCAUCAUAACGGGCACAAUGGUGACGGUGGUGUUGUGAAUGGCAGUACGAACGGUCCCUUGUCCAGCAACCCCAGUACCAACGGUAGCAGCAGCAACAGCAGCAGCAGUAGUCAUAACGCGAACGCUAACACUAUUAACAGUAAUAUGAGUAGUAACACUAACACAAAUGCAAAUAAUAAUAUAAAAAAUAGUAUGCACAACAAUAACCACGAUCAUCAUGCGAGCGGACUGAUCAGCAAUGCGAAAACGUCCGGUUUAUCGCGAACGGUGGUAGAUGACGAUCGGCUAGCGCAACACCACCAUCAUCACCAUCAUCUGCUGCAUCAUGGUGUGGCCAACAGCACCAAUGGGCUGCCACAUUCGGCCGAUCCGAAACAAUUGCCAAAAGCGCCGUCAAAAUCAAACAACGGGAAUGCUGGCUCACAGCACGCUUUUACUGGUGCGCUUAAAAGUCUUGGUGCACUGAUGGGAGGAGGAGGAGGAGGAAGCGGUGGACAGCAACAGCAGCUGCAACAAAUAAACCAUCACCAACAACAGCAACGCAUCGGCAUGGCAACAACGACAGCGGCACCUGCUGGCAGUGGCAUUCGAAGUAGUCUCAUGAAAACGGUUCGUUUUCCGGCUGGAAACAAUAGUAAUGGACCGUCGGUGGCAGCGCCACCCUACACGAACGGUACGCCCGGCAUGGAUCAUGGACCACCGAGCGGUAGUAAUGAAUCUUCCGCCACAACACCAACCUCAACGGGAGCACCGAGUGCGACGGCAGUCAUUGGAAAUGCUUCGUCUAGCGGUGGUAGUGCUGGAGGCGGAAGCGGUGGUGGUGGUGGUGGUGGCGGUGGCGGGGGAGGUGGUGAGGAUAAUCCACGCAAAAUUAAACAUCAAUCUCCCAUCCCGGAGCGCAAGAACCUAUCGAAGGAAAAGGAAGCGGAAAGGUCCGAAUGUAAGGUGAAACACUACUCGCCCCAAGCGUACAAGUUCUUCAUGGAGCAACACAUCGAGAAUGUGCUGAAAUCCUACUCCCAGCGCAACUUCCGCAUUAAGCAACUCGAAAGUGAAAUGUCCAAGCUUGAUCUGCCGGAAGAAACGAAGAUCGAAAUGCGCAAGCUGCUCUGCCAGAAGGAAAGCAACUACAUCCGGUUAAAGCGUGCCAAGAUGGAUAAAUCGAUGUUUGCGAGAAUUAAAACGAUCGGCGUGGGUGCGUUCGGUGAGGUGACGCUGGUAAAGAAGAUCGACACGACCAACCAUCUGUACGCUAUGAAAACGUUACGCAAAGCGGACGUACUGAAGCGUAAUCAGGUUGCGCACGUUAAGGCGGAGCGGGACAUUUUGGCGGAGGCAGAUAAUGAGUGGGUGGUGAAGCUGUACUAUAGCUUUCAGGACAAGGAUAAUCUUUACUUCGUGAUGGAUUACAUACCGGGUGGAGAUCUCAUGUCGUUGCUAAUCAAGAAAGGAAUAUUUGAGGAAGAUUUGGCCCGGUUCUACAUCGCCGAACUGACGUGCGCGAUUGAUAGCGUGCAUAAAAUGGGUUUCAUUCAUCGAGACAUCAAGCCAGAUAAUGUGCUGAUCGAUCGUAAGGGACACAUCAAGCUAACGGAUUUCGGUCUCUGCACCGGUUUCCGCUGGACGCACGAUUCAAAGUACUAUCAAAAGAGCGACCAUGCAAGGCAAGACUCGAUGGAGGCGUGGAGCAAAUUUGGUUCGGAAAUUCCCCCACCGUUGGAAAGGCGAAAGUUCCGGGAGAAAAACCGUGCCAAAGCACACUCAAUCGUCGGUACGCCCAACUACAUCGCACCGGAGGUGUUGCUGCGAAGCGGCUACACGCAGCUGUGUGAUUGGUGGAGCGUCGGCGUCAUACUGUACGAGAUGCUAGUCGGACAGCCUCCCUUUUUGGCAAACACAGCAGAGGAAACACAGAUUAAGGUUAUUAACUGGCGGCAAACGUUGCGCAUACCGGCGGAAGCGCAACUGACACCGGAAGCGAAGGACAUUAUACUGCGGCUGUGCAAAAACGAGGACGAACGGAUCGGCCGAAAUGUGGACGAAAUCAAAUCGCACCCAUUCUUCCGCACGAUCGACUUUAGCAAGGACCUGCGCAGCCAGCAGGCACUGUACGAACCGAAAAUCAAGUACCCGACCGAUACGUCCAACUUUGACCCGAUCGAUCCGGGCCGGUUGCAGGAUUCGUCCUCGUCGUGCGACGAGGGUGGGCACGGCAAUUUGGACGAGGUGUGCGACAGUGGGAAACCGUUUCAUCACGGGUUCUUUGAGUUUACCUUCCGCCGAUUUUUCGACGACGAAUGUGAUCACAAAAUCACGCUCGACUCGAGCGAGGGACAGGCGGAAGCUAUUUAUGUAUAAAAUAAUAAUUACUAAUAUUAUUAAUCUAUUAAUUAUUACCGAACACAUAAACACACACACAUACACGCAAACACAAAUAC